UACCAAAUCACCCUACACACAUUCAAGCCCGUCAGCUCAGACAAAACCGCCAAAAUGCAUUUGAUGUACGUCCCCGCCAAGAACGCCGACGGCAAGCCGCUCGCGCGCCAGUACACCCUCAAGAAGGUCCUCGACGGCCAGGUCACCAAGAGCGCCCACCCCGCUCGCUUCUCUCCCGACGACAAGUGGUCUCGUCACCGCAUCACUCUCCGCCGCCGUUUUGCGGUCCUUCUCGCCCAGAAGGCUCUCAACAAGACCACCGAGUAGAGUGACCGUGGCCAGCGGGACCCAUUGACCGAAAUCAAGACCAGGUUCCAUGUCAAUGCUGCCACCCGUCUUUUGUUCGCGUCCGGCGCGAGACUCGUCGGUCCAGACGAUGCCAACACCCACAAGAACCUUGUUAAGAUGAUGGAAGACGAAAAAGACAACUUCAGGACAAAAGCCGACAACCACAAGUUCAACGCCAAGGCCGCCGUCUUCUCCUUCAUGUUAGACCAACACAUGCUCAAGCAGGAGGAUAGUUUCGACAAGAAGAUCAAGGCCAUGCUCGAGGCCAACCACCCGGACGAGUACUACCUGGAUCAGUACUGCCAGAUGGUCAAGAACAUGGAGAACUAAGCCGAGUUCAACAAGAAGGACGGCAACGCUUGCGGUAGCUACAUGAAGUAGUUGACCAACAACCUCUCUUCUUGUCCGCCUACCUGCUGUGCUCGACCAGUUUGUUCUUGCUUCCACAACCACGACCUCGUUUUUGGCUGCUGCUCUCCUGCAGCGUUAGCAUUUGAUUGUCCCGUUGGAUCUUCAAUCGAACCGAUCGUUGGCAGACGGUUUUCUUCCCUACUUGCAACAAUUUGGAAGUGGAAAUUGGCAAUCCACGACGACCGGGGGGGCUCGCUUUGGUUUCAGAUAAUGACACACAAGACAAUGAUGGCACCGACAGCAGCAGCGGCGGCGGGAUGGCACCCGGCUGACUGAACUGGCUUGUUCGGAUUCUCUGGAUCCCGGAGAAACACCUUUCUGAUGCUUGGGUUAUAUUGCAUGUUUUUUCCUUUUUUUUUUUCUUUCUUUCGGAUUUUCAAAAACAGGAAAAGACAAGUUGGGCAGAGCUUGUCUUCUUCCUCCUCUGUGUGGCGUUUAUCGGAUACGGGAUCUCUCCUUCAGUCUAGUCAUUUGGCUAACUGGGAUUUGGUUGGCGUCUUUUUGCUUGCUUCUGAGCAUAUAGUGUGGGAAAAACAAUACCAAUGACUUUCUCGAUG